GGGGAGCUGCGCCUCCAGCCUCAAGGCUCACAAGAGGCCAGAGCAUUUGUAAAUGCCUUCCUGAAGCUUAGCAUGCCAAGAAAGAAAGAUAAAGCUAUCGAGGACAUGCUGACUCGGAAGGCUGUUGUUCUUGAGCAUUACGUGAAGAAAAAGACCAAGCAAAAGAGGAAGAAAACCAAAGGUUUUACUGCCAAGCAGAGGCGAGAAAUGCGUCUUUUUGAAAUUGAACCCAAGCAGCAAAAGUAUGACAUCUUUCUACCACUACAUCAACUCUGGAAACAGUAUAUCAAAGACCUGUGCCAUGGCCUUAGACCAGAAUCUCAACCAUAUAUUGUGCAGGGCAAACUGCUCAAAGCUGAUCUCCAUGGAGCAAUCAUUACAGUCACAAAAUCAAAAUGCCCCUCUUAUGUGGGGAUAACGGGAAUCGUUCUACAGGAAUUUAAACGUGUCUUCAAAAUUAUCACCAAAGAGGACAAAUUAAAAGUUGUUCCCAAACUUAACAAUGUAUUUAGUUUUGAGAUUGAUGGAUUCGUUUCCUACAUCUACGGAAACAAGUUCCAGCUUAGAGCAAGUGAGCGAUCUGCAAAAAAAUUCAAGUUCAGAGGAUCUAUUGACCUCUGA